UUGCAGAAAAGGUACGAAAUGGAAUGGAGAAGCCAACAACUUGCAGAGCCAGCUUAAUGGGUUUGUUGAUUGUUCUCAACUGAAAAUCUCGUAAGACCUUUGGUAGAUUACUGUAGACUGUCCAUCACCGGAGAAGAAUGUACGGUCGAGAUUUGUAGAACAGAAAUUUCUGGUACCGGGAAUCAACGAUGGGGAAUGGUUCGAGCGAAGAGGAGUUUGAUGAACGAAGCGAGCAGCUCGAGAGUUACAGUCUGAGCGCGGAUGUGAGCGAGUGUGAGAGUUUGAGUGGCUUUUCGUGUGACGGUGACGGUUACGGAGGAGGGGCUGUUUCUUCUCUGAACUACUCGCCGCUCGUCCGACCGGAGGUUGGAGUGAAUUCCAGUUUCAGAGCGCCACCUCCGUUAACUUCGCCGGCUUUUGGUGGUGGACAUGUGGUGAUUCCGCCACGGAAGCCGGAGAAAGAGUUGUCCGAAGUUGAAUUAAUAAAGGAGCGGUUUGCAAAGCUUCUGCUUGGGGAAGAUAUGUCAGGCGGAGGGAAAGGAAUUUCUACUGCACUUGCCAUCUCCAAUGCCAUCACAAAUCUUUCUGCUACUGUAUUUGGGGAGCUAUGGAAGUUGGAGCCAUUGGCGCCAGAGAAGAAGUUGAUGUGGCACCGAGAGAUGGAAUGGCUUUUAUGUGUGAGUGAUUCCAUCGUCGAGCUCAUUCCAUCAGUGCAAGAAUUCCCAGGUGGUGAGGGAACCUUUGAGGUUAUGGUGACUCGGCCACGCUCUGAUCUCUAUAUUAACCUUCCAGCACUUAAGAAAGUCGAUGCAAUGCUGCUUAGCAUGCUAGAUGAUUUCUCUGAUUCUGAAUUCUAUUAUGUCGAUCGUGGGGUAAUUGUUUCUGGUGCUGAUAAUUGUGAAAGGCAUUCUCUGUCUUCGCCAUCAGGUAGGCCUUCAAUUAGGCAGGAAGAGAAGUGGUGGCUCCCAUUCCCUAGGGUCCCGCCAAAUGGUUUGCCAGAAAGUGUAACAAAUAGAUUGCAGCAGUGCAAGGAAUGGACGAAUCAGAUCCUCAAGGCGGCCAUGGCAAUUAAUAGCAGUGUGCUGGCGGAGAUGGAAAUCCCAGAUGUUUACUUGGACAGCCUGCCCAAGAGUGGAAAAGCUUGCUUAGGUGAAACCAUCUAUCGUUCUAUAACAGCUCGUCAAUUCUCCCCAGAAUGUCUUCUUGAUUAUCUAGAUCUCUCGUCAGAGUACACCACUCUGGAGAUAGCAAAUAGAAUAGAGGCUGCUAUUCACAUUUGGAGGCAGAAGUACUUGAAAAGGCAUACAAAUCAUACAAAGGCUGGGAGAUCAUCAUGGGGUGGCAAGGUCAAGGUCCUUGUUGGUUAUAUGGAAAAGAAUAAGCUUCUAGCUCAACGGGCUGAAACAAUCUUGCAGAACUUAAGGCUCCGGUUCCCUGGCCUCCCACAAACUGCUUUGGAUAUGGCCAAGAUUCAAUACAACAAGGAUGUGGGGCAAUCAAUCCUCGAGAGCUACUCCAGGGUGAUGGAAAGCUUAGCCUUCAACAUAAUGGCGAGAAUAGAUGAUCUUCUAUACAUAGAUGAUGCCACAAAAUUUCGUGCAGUCGCAGAGCCCAUUUCUCUGUUCAAGCAGGAUGGAUAUGGUGAUGGUUGUCCCCUACGAAGGCAGAUUUUACCUAGCCCCUUCUCUAUCCAAAACACUUCCUAUGUCUCUCAAAUUACUGCACCGGCAUCUUAUUCCUCUGCUAUGAAGGAGAACAGAGAUGGGAACCCAAUCGAUAGGAAUUAACAGGAUCAGUGCUCUUAAGGCCAUGCAUGGAUUGAGGUUGAAGGUGGAGUUCUCAAGCCUCAGGGUGAAUUAUCAAGGACUACUCCAUUUCCUGCCCUGUUACUGGAGCCAAAAUAAUAUUGUACUGAAAUGCCUCAACAAUAUUCAUUCAUCAUCCAAUUUAAAGGACUCCAUUAAACCGGAGAGUGUUUAUGUAAUAUAGGACUAAUGCUUGCAAAUUGUCAGGGCUAACAUGGAACAUUGAACUAUAGGGAUGACAGAAGUGUAAUAGCCCAAAUGAGCUCGAUAUGUACUGUUGGGUGAUGGUUAUCUAUUAGUUUAAGCUUUUAGCUCAAUUGGUAGCUUAAUAUGAUGUGUCCGUAUACUUUUCCCCA